UGUUGUUUAGUUAUUUUGAAAUGAAAGACCUUACAAUAGCAUUCCAGCCCACAUAAAUUGAUUACAUAAGCUCAUCAUACCAAUACCAGUGCCCUUAUCAGUGUUCUCCCCUUAGUUAACAGAAGUUUACACGAAAUGAUAGGUGAGAUAUUAUGUGUCAGUGACUAGGGUGGACUAGGGUAGGAGACAAAGUUCAUUGCGUAGUCCACACAGAUGACAUUAUAUUGUAGAGAAGUACCUCGGGUCUAUGUGCUUUGCUUCUGUUGGAGUGAAACACAAAUCUCUGAGCUGGCCUGCUCCCGUGAUAGAAAAGACUAUAUAGUUAUAAAGCUGGACUUUCAAACCAACCAACAUGAAGAGUAUCCUGAAGAGCAAAAAAUACGAGGCACCUGAAGCUGGUUUGAGUAACUCUAUCGGAGCUGUACGCUGGAAUCUUCCUGAUGAAAGUCUUCAGACACACAGCUCAGUUCCUACCAAGAGCAGUCAGAGUCCUAGACAAAAGGACUUGAAGGAUCUCCGCAGCCUCCAGGAAUGUGUAAAGUUUAUCACUCAGUGGAAACAGCAGGUGGAACAUAUCUGCAGGCCUGGCUCCAGUGCAGAUGAAGGGCCAAAUACCAGUGUGCAAGCAGAGCCGCAUAGUCUGGAGCAAUGCCGCAAACUCAUCCUUGAUUGGGCACAGGAGCUCAAGAAAGUUGACAAUUUGUUCGGUGAGGGUACAUUGCGACAAGAAAGAGAUAUAUCAUGGGAGCAGAAAGAGAACAAGAUGGAUGCUGCCAAGCACAUGGAGCAGAAGAUUAUGGAAUGGGCUAAAGAACUUCAGGCUGUGUCGGAGCGCUGUGGUGUGAUGAGACAAGAAUUAGUCAAUUUUCUGAAGCAGCUGGAACUGAAGAAGAGGAAAAUCUUGACUCUGUUGCCUUUUUUGGAAUUCGUAACUUGGUCUCUACUGAAACAGGACAGCCAGGGUGUUGUUCCACAGCUAUGGCUCCUCAGCAAACAACGUACCUGGAAAACAGAGACACCGAAGUACAUUCCAAACUUAGUAUGGAGAUGGAUCUGCAGUGCUUCAGUGGACAUCACUUUGGACCCUAUGACAAACCAUCCAUGGUUGCAGCUCUCUGAAGACAAGAAGAAGGUACAAGAAGCUCUGAAUGAAACUGAAGUGUCCUACAGUACCCAGCGCUCCGACAGCUGGCCGUGUGUCCUGGGCUGGGAAGGGCUCACUUCCGGUCGGUACUAUUGGGAAAUUGAUAUUGCCAACAAUGGCUACUGGCGUAUUGGAGUGACCACCGCAUCCUCCAAAAGGCACGGCCGGUGUCCCAUGAAUCCCUCUGAAGGUUACUGGACUAUAUGGAGAAGCACACGGCAGUUUUACGCAUGCACCAAGCCAGAGACUGAGCUACCUCUGUCACUUGUCCAAAAACUGGGAGUAUACCUGGACUAUGAAGAAGGACAGGUGUCUUUCUAUAAAGUAGAGACGCGCUCGCAUAUCUAUACAUUCACUGCAAAUUUCCGGGAAAAGUUGUACCCGCUUUUCGCACCUUUGGAUGGACGCACACUUAUCACACUGUCCUCUACAGAAGCCACACCAGAAGCGUCCUCUUUUGAAAGUGUACAAUUCUUUUAACUUGACAAAUGGUUCAGUAUGGGAAUAAUGAGAACAAGGGUAAGAUGCUGCCGUUAAUCAAACUCAAGAGCAGAUCGGAAAGGUGGAAAAAAUAAUGGAUGAGAUCCUGUGGAUACUGUGGAGUACUUUUGGUUAUAAACUUCAACUUUAGUACAAGUAGUAAAAUUCUGAGGAUUUUUAUGAACUCCCUUUUAAUGGAAAAUGUUGAAAUUUGUCACAUCCUCAGAUUGCUCCGGCGUUAGUUGUAAGUUCUGUGAAUUUUAAAUGUUGUGCUCACAAUGCACAGGUCAAUUAGUCCUUAUGGAGCAUGACUACCAAUUGGAUAAAUCAAUAUUCUCAAUCAUUUUUUAAAGUUAUGUUUCUGAAAUCUUCUCCAUUUCAUCCAAAUCAAAAAUGCCUAGGACUACAUAUUAUAGAAAAUGUUUUUAUAUAAUCCAUGAAAAUAUUUGAUGAAAUUAUGAAAGUUUGCUUAAUAUAGCACCGUCUACUGCAGAAAUAGUGUGUAAACUUUGAGGCUGGGAUUUGCCAUUCUAAUAAAUUUAGGGUAAUAUGUAUCCAGGUUUCAGGAAGCUUUGUUGCUUUAAGUGCCAACAGUGAACAACACUAUGUUUAUGAGCUCCAAAUUUAUAGCAGUUGUAACACGUAAAACAUUGUUUUAUAAGUAAAUGUUUAUACAAUGUAAUCAUUUUAUUAUGAAUCUUAGAUGCAUGUACCUUAUCUUCAUUAUUUAAAAACUUUACUGUCAUAAUGCUGUGAAAAUGUUACAGUGCAUUAACAGUGGAACCAGAAAAGAAAUCAAGACACAAAUGAUUGUUUUUAAAAAGAAUGUAUUUGAAAAAUAAUAAUAAAAAAAACAAAAACUUCUUACUACAAAUAAAUGCAUGUGUAUAUAUGUAUAAAAGAUGUGUAUACAGUAAAGAUAGAAAAAAAAAAAACAGCAUAAAAAUAUACAUCAAGUUGAAACAGUAGAAUAGGAUUAUCAAGAUUACCAGGAGGGACAUGCCCUGAGUUCUUGCUGAUUUAAUUUAGUUAUAAACGGAAA